CCCUGGAGUGGGGAUAGAAAACCUGCUCAUAUAACUGUUGAACCGACCAGGGCGAGUCGGGGUCCGACCAAAACGAGGCUGAGACAAGACAACGCGAGCCGUCCGUCGGUAAUUUCUAGCCUGUACAAAGGAGCGAAGAAACCUCGUCCGAUUGAGCUGCGUCGGUUCUGUGCGCCCUUUCAUUCCCAGCGUAGCCACCAACGCCCCAAACUCUGCACAACACAAGCUUGCACACGCGCCGAGACCAGAUCGAAAGCUUACGCCGCCAACGAACCGACCGACCGCGAGGAGCAGCAGCCCGACGGACGCCAUGGACCACUCCCACCACAGCGGCAUGGACCACAGCGGCAUGGACCACGGCGGCAUGGACCAUGGGGGCAUGGCUAAGUGCAGCAUGAACAUGCUUUUCACGUGGGACACGACCAAUUUGUGCAUCGUCUUUGAACGCUGGCACAUCCGCUCGACUGCCGGCCUGAUCUUCUCCCUGCUGGCCGUCGUCGCCAUCGGGGCCGGCUACGAGGCCCUGCGCGAGUCCAUCCGCCGCUACGAGCACUACCUGAACAAGAAGAACGAGGCCGUUCCCCGACAAAACAAGCCCAAGGUCACCCGCGAGGCGCACGUCCUCAAGGCAGUGCUCUACGGGAUCCAGAACUUUUACGCCUUUAUGAUUAUGCUCAUCUUCAUGACCUACAACGGAUGGGUCAUGAUUGCCGUCUCGUUCGGAGCUUUCCUGGGAUACCUGCUCUUUGGCGGCUCCACUCCCGCGACCAAGGAGACGGCCUGCCACUAAAGUGCGCCGCUGUCAGGAGCAGGCCUCGGCCGCGGCCAAGUAUCUUGGAAUCUAACCGCCGUGAAAAUGGGCCUGAUAGUUUGAUACCCGGGCUAGACUGUUGGAUAUCACAUGAUGAGGGCUCAGGUUUGAUACAUGUAUGAGUGGCCUCAUGAACAUAGUGUAUGUACUUGGAAGAGCCAGGGAGCCGUCAGGUUGUACUGGGCUUGUGACUAUAGCAUCUGCUCUUGAAACCGAAUAACAUCUGUCUAAAUCUCGGCCGAUCCUUCUAUAAGAGCGCAGAGAUGGGCGGCGUGUACUGGUUCGAGUGUGGGAACACGAG